AGAUGUCGAGCACGGUAGAGGUUGAGGUUGUCGACGGAACCACACAGAGCAUAGAGGUCUCGUCGGCGACGACUUUUGGCGAGGCAAGCCAGGCGGUCGGGACGGGACUUGGCCUCAGCGAAGCGGCCAGCCAGCUGUUUGGUAUCUUCCAUAUUCGGGCAGGAUACGAACGGCUGCCGGAGAGCGAUGAGCGGGUGCUGGCGACGGUGCAGGGAUUUGGGGCGGAUGAAAAGAUGGCCAAGAAGAAGAAGAAGGUGUACAAGUAUCGAGCUGGAUCCAAGCUGGUGUACAAGAAGGUGAUCCAGGGCAGGCGAAAGGAGCUGCUCUGCAUCGAGGUGACAGCGUUGACACUGCUGUAUCACCAGGCCAAGGCCGAUGUCAUCAACUCGGUCAUUCCCACACAUGGACCCGACGCCAUCGAACUGGCGGGCAUCCAGAUGCAGAUCGAGUUUGGCAACUAUGACGAAGCUGCGCGUGCGCCCGGGUUCCUGGAAGACAAUGGGCUGCUGGACCAGUUUGUGCCGGCGCGAUCGCUGGCCAACAAGCUGCAUACUGCGCGCGAGUGGGAGACCGUCAUCUUCCAAAACUAUGCCGAGCACUUUGGGAAGAGCCAUGACGCGGCGCUGCGGUCGUACCUCAACGCGGCUCGGCGGUCCAAGUACUAUGGCGGGCGGGUGUUCCUUCCGGCAAAGUGUUACCAUCGCGGCUCUCUCAUCUCGACGGCGCGGGUCCAGGCCAUCAUUGCCUCGAACCAGUUUAUGAUUGUGGAUCCCAAGUCGCAGAAGGCUCUGUGGUCGUUCCCCUUUGCCUCGCUCUCCGAGUGGAAGGUCUCUGCCGACGGCCUCUCGUUUGCCUUUUACGUGGUGCCCAAGAACAAGCAGAAGCUCGAUCCGUUUGUCCUCGAGACGCCGCAGGCGGCGUACCUUGCCCAGUCGCUUGCCGCCGCCGCCGCCGAGGCUGCUGAGGAGCUCAACGCCCGCAAGCUCGAGUCCAUUGCCGCCUUCCGGGCCGCAGCCCGGCCGCAGGCGGACUCGCCAUCAUCGCGCGCCGUGUCCAAGUGGAAGGCACGUGCCGGCAUCACGUCGUCUGCCUCCAGCUCGGACGCUGGCAAGCCGGUCCUCACUCGCAAGGUGGUCCGGACCCGCAAGUCGGCCGCCGCCGCUCCGCUUGUGGUGGAUCCUGCCACUGCCCAGGCUGCUUCGGACGCGCUCGCCUCGGCCUCGAGUCCGAGUGCCGGACCCAAGGUGACCAAGCGCAUCCGUGUCCGUCGCCGCAAGAAGCCGCGCGCCGCCCUUGCCGACCGUGAUCGCCCGGUUGCUGCAAGCCCGGCGCAGCUGGCCAUGUCAUCAGUGUAAAUGUCAUGCACAAGU